AUGACACCAGCACCUAUAAUCGCGGCUCAGCCAUUGUUAGCAAAUGACGCUGCUGUACCGAAGACAAAAAUUCCACCCUCCGCAACCCUGCCAUUGGACUUGACACGAUGGCGGGUUCGCCAGUCAUGGGCCAUGGCAAUGGAACGACUGAUGCGUGAAGGCGGUAAUGGAGCCUGGAAGGAGGAACACUCCGGGGAGCUAUCCAAUGACAGAGUGUUGGGCAUGAAUCCGCUCUUACCACCGGGGCUCCUCAAAGCUGAGAUUCCAAUGUGUGAUAAAUCUUUCCAGACAGUAUCCAAGGCUCAGAGAGAAGUUGCCAACAUUGUAAACAAGAGGGACGAUCGCCUUCUAGUUCUAGUUGGACCCUGCUCUAUCCAUGACCCUGAUGCGGCCCUUGAAUAUGGAAUGAGACUUAAAGAUAUUGCCGACCGUCAUUCCCAAGAUCUGUGUAUCAUUAUGCGUGCUUAUCUGGAGAAACCCCGGACGACUGUCGGAUGGAAAGGGCUCGUCAAUGAUCCGGAUAUCGACGGGUCCUGUGACUUGAACCACGGUCUCAGGGUAUCGCGGAGCUUGUACUCCGCUUUGACCGGGGUUGCUGGCAUUCCCAUCGCGGGAGAAAUAUUGGAGACGGCUUUGCCCCCUUAUCUUGCCGAAUUUAUGUCUCUAGGGGCUAUUGGGGCCCGCACAACUGAGUCACAACCCCACCGGCAGAUUGCCUCUUCCAUGCCCUUCCCUAUUGGAUUCAAAAACGGUACGGACGGUAGUCUUACGGAAGCUAUCAAUUCCAUAACUAGUGCCGCGAGCAGUCACAGUUUUGCCGGAGGGAUUGCCGAUAACGGGUGGACUCAAAUUGUUCGGUCAAGUGGUAAUACAGACUGCUUUUUGAUACUGCGUGGGGGCUCAUCAGGUCCAAAUUAUCACGACAAAGACGUUCGGGUAGCUCAGGACCUUCUCAGCGCACAAGGCCAUCGCACUGGAAUCAUGAUUGAUUGCUCACAUGGUAAUUCCGAAAAGAACUAUAAGAGGCAGCCGCUGGUCGCGCGAGAUGUUGGAGCCCAACUUCGUGCCGGCCAAGAAGCUAUCAUCGGCGUGAUGAUCGAGUCGAAUUUGCAUGAGGGUAAGCAAGGCAUUCCGAACGAAGGUCCGGAGGGUCUCCAACGCGGUGUUAGUGUCACAGACGGCUGCAUAGGAUGGAAUACGACAGUGGAUUGCCUGGAGCAGCUGGCUGAAGCCGUCCAGGUACGUCGAGCGGUCACGAAAUCUUGA